AUGAGGGAACCCCAUCUGGGUUUCCGGGGUUCUUUCUUUGUUCUGCUCCUUUUGUUCCCCCUGUACGCGCCAGUGCAGUCCCAGUCGGGUCCCGACGGAGUAGCCAUGGAAGCUCUGCGCAAAAGCAUCGGCCCAAACAGUCUGGGAUGGUCCGGCUCCGAUUACUGUAAAUGGAGCCAAGUGAGUUGCACAAGCGACGGCAAGGUCUUCAAGAUCCAAAUUGGGAACCAAAAACUCACCGGCUCACUUCCAACGGAACUCAAAAACCUCGCAUAUUUGCAACAAUUGGAAGUUCAGUCCAACCAACUCACCGGGCCCUUCCCAAGCCUUUCUGGGCUGACUUCGCUUCAGGUCCUUCUCGCCCACAACAACAACUUCAGUUCCUUCCCCCCAGAUUUCUUCGUCGGACUCACUAACCUCGACAGCAUCGACAUCGACUACAACCCCUUCUCGGCGUGGCAGAUUCCAGGCACUAUCACAAACGCCACGGCGCUGAAGCAUUUCUCCGCCACUGAAGCCAACAUCACCGGUAAAAUCCCCGACCUUUUUACAGGCACCAAUUUCCCAAGUUUGAUUGAUUUGCACAUGUCUUUCAAUUACCUUGAAGGCGAAUUGCCUGCCAGUUUUUCCGGUUCUAUGAUUCAGUCUCUUUGGUUGAAUGGCCAAAAGGGUACCAAUAAGCUUAAUGGUACCAUUGAUGUGUUACAGAAUAUGACUAACUUGCAUGAGGUUUGGUUACAUAGCAACUCCUUCACGGGUCCUAUACCGGACUUUUCAAAAUUGAGUAACUUAGCCUCUUUGAGUUUGAGGGAUAACAAGUUCACGGGCGUUGUUCCCGCGUCUUUGGUGAAUCUUAAUUCCCUUACUACCGUCAAUUUGACCAACAAUAUGCUUCAAGGACCCAUGCCCAAGUUUGGAGAUGGUGUUAAGGUGGAUAUGACUGGGCUUAAUAGCUUUUGCAAGGAUAAACCUGGUUCUGAUUGUGGUCCCUUUGUCAAUAUAUUGCUUUCCAUCGUCAAAGACAUGGGUUACCCUACAAUUUUUGCAGAUAGUUGGAAAAAGAAUGAUCCUUGUGAUAAUUGGAAGGGGAUUACCUGUAAUGGAGAAAACAUUACUGUUAUCAAUUUUCCGAAGCUGGGGCUUGCGGGCACGAUUUCUUCAAAUUUUUCUCUGAUUACUUCGUUGCGAACAUUGAGACUUGAUAGUAAUCAUCUCACCGGUACCAUACCAAAGGAGCUUACGCAACUGCCCGACCUUCAAGAAAUAGAUCUCACGAAUAAUCAACUUUAUGGUAAAAUACCGGUUUUUAAAAGUAAUGUGAUUGUGAAAACAGAGGGGAACCCUGAUAUUGGCAAGGAUCAUAUUUCGCCAAACACGCCUCCAGGUCCUAAUCCUACACCUGGCCCACCGUCAGAUGGUGCAGGUAAGAAAUCUAGGACUGCCGUGGUUGUCGGGGCCGUCAUUGGAAGUGUUGGUGGAUUGGUUGUACUUGGGUUUGUUGCUUUCUGUCUGCUUAAGAGAAAACAUAAGCAUUCUUCUGGCAGAGUGCAAAGUCCAAACACAUUGGUAAUUCAUCCUCGUCACUCUGGUGAUCAAGAUGCAGUGAAGGUCACGGUUGCUAGCUCUAGGGUUAAUGGCGGUGGAAAUGAGUCCUAUAAUAGUCCCACAAGUAGUGGACCUAAUGACAUUCAUGUGGUUGAGGCUGGAAAUAUGGUAAUUUCCAUCCAAGUUUUGCGGAAUGUGACCAAUAAUUUCAGCGAAGAUAAUAUAUUGGGAAAAGGAGGGUUUGGAACUGUGUACAAGGGAGAAUUGCAUGAUGGGACGAAGAUUGCAGUGAAGAGGAUGGAAUCUGGUGUGGUGGCUGGGAAGGGUCUAAAUGAGUUCAAGUCUGAGAUUGCAGUCCUUACUAAGGUCCGACAUCGCCACUUGGUUGGACUUCUUGGCUAUUGUUUGGAUGGAAACGAGAGGCUUCUUGUCUAUGAAUACAUGCCUCAAGGAACUCUUAGUCAACAUUUGUUUAACUGGAAAGAGGACGGGCUGAAGCCACUUGAAUGGACAAGAAGGCUGACCAUUGCCUUGGAUGUUGCAAGAGGGGUUGAGUACCUACACGGUUUAGCCAACCAGACUUUCAUUCAUAGGGAUCUCAAACCUUCAAACAUUUUACUUGGAGAUGAUAUGCGUGCUAAGGUGUCGGACUUUGGACUAGUUCGUCUUGCUCCAGAAGGGAAAGCCUCAAUUGAAACGAGACUAGCUGGAACUUUUGGCUAUUUGGCUCCAGAAUAUGCUGCAACUGGACGGAUGACACUCAAGGUAGAUGUGUAUAGCUUUGGAGUGAUCUUAAUGGAGCUGAUCACAGGUAGAAAAGCAAUUGAUGAAAGCCAGCCUGAGGAGAGCUUGCACCUAGUCACAUGGUUCCGUAGAAUGCUGAUUAACAAAGAUGCACUCCGCAAGGCCAUCGAUCCAACAAUUGAUAUUAGUGAGGAAACCCUUUCUAGUGUUAGCACGGUUGCUGAGCUUGCUGGGCAUUGCACUGCAAGGGAGUCUUACCAGAGGCCUGACAUGGGUCAUGCAGUCAAUGUACUUUCGUCGCUUGUUGAGCAUUGGAAACCAUCUGAACCUGAAGAUUAUGAUGAUAUGUAUGGAAUUGACCUCGAAAUGACCCUGCCACAAGCACUAAAGAAGUGGCAGGCUUUUGAGGGUAAUAGCAACCUUGAUGAAUCUUCUUCAUCUUCAUCAUUCUUUGCCAGCGGCGAUAAUACCCAAACCAGCAUACCUACUCGCCCAUCUGGAUUUGCAGAUUCGUUUACAUCAGCGGAUGGGAGGUAA